UUCGUCCGCGAUUAAUCUACAAGAGCCAGCCCACGCAAGCCCAUUCGGAUCUUGCAGCCGUAAGAACACAAGCCCUAAAACGUCAGCCUCCAGUUCCACCGCCGUGCGCUGCCGCCCGCCCGCCGCUUCCUGGUCUCGUUCACGGUGAUUUGCUUUGUCAUGGAGAGCUCUGAUGAUGAAAAAGAUGGCAUUGGUAGUGUUUUUGAGAAUUACAUACCCAAAGACAUAAGUCAACCUUCAAUGUCUAAGGGUACAAAAUUUGUGGACGAAGUUCUCAAUGGCCAAAAUGAACGUUGUUUGGAGAAUUUCCGCAUGGAUAAGCAUGUGUUUUACAAGUUAUGUGACAUUUUACAAGCACGAGGCCUAUUGCGCCACACAAAUCGAAUUAAAAUUGAGGAGCAAUUAGCAAUAUUCAUGUUCAUAAUUGGGCAUAACCUACGGACUCGAGCAGUUCAAGAACUAUUCAGAUAUUCGGGAGAAACCAUCAGCCGCCAUUUCAAUAAUGUUCUUAAUGCUAUUAUAUCCAUCUCUUUAGACUUUUUUCAGGGCCCAGGGCUAGAUGUUCCACCAGAAGUCCAAGAAGAUCCCAGAUUUUAUCCUUACUUUAAGGAUUGCGUGGGAGCCGUUGAUGGUAUACACAUCCCAGUGACAGUGGGUGUGGAUGAACAAGGACCUUUCCGUAACAAAAAUGGUUUGCUUUCACAAAUUGUUCUGGCUGCUUGCUCGUUUGAUUUGAAGUUCCAUUAUGUUCUAGCUGGUUGGGAAGGCUCGGCAGAAGAUUUACGAGUUCUAACGUCAGCUCUAACAAGGCGUAAUAAGCUGCAGGUCCCUGAAGGUAAAUACUACCUUGUGGACGCCAAGUAUACAAACAUCCCAGGCUUUAUUGCUCCAUAUCAUGGUGUUCCCUAUGGCCUAAUUGAAUUUGGUUGUCAUAUGCAUCCACAGGAUGCCAAAGAGCUAUUUAAUUAUCGUCACUCACUGUUACGGAGUGCCACUGAUCGUUCUUUUGGGGCCCUGAAGGCACGGUUCCCGAUCUUGAUGUCUGCUCCUCCGUAUCCUCUACAUACACAGGUGAAAUUAGUAGUAGCAGCAUGUGCCAUACACAAUUACAUUCGCGGGGAGAAAUCAGAUGAUUGGAUUUUCAGAAUGUAUGAACAAGAAGUUGCCCUGCAACUGGAAGAUCCAAUGCCACCUUUAGAGUUUGAACAGGAGACGAUGUUGCAUGCUGAUACCCAAACUCUGGACGUUCCUUUUGAAGCAGAGCAGCUCGAGCAUGCUUCCCAGUUGCGUGACUCUAUUGCUGCCGAGAUAUGGAAUGACUAUAUCCGUGAUUACUCUACCAUUUAGCUGUGCUUGUAGAUGCAGUCUUAUUAGCUGAUCUUCCACCAAAAUACAAAGAAAGAAAAGAAACAAGAAAAGGGAAAUGAUAUUCACCCAAACUUAUGUGGUGGAGUUUCAACAAUGGUCUCAAGUGCCGGAGUCCAUGAUCUUUGCCUGCAGUACCUAUCGACAGGACGACCCGGGUGACUGUUUCCCGGCGUUUCCAGCGUCUUGGCUUCUGAAGGGAACAUGCAGAACUCCCCGAGCACGGGGAAAAUCUUGGCAAAGUUCAAACUCACCCCUUGCUUCAGUGCCUUGGAGGCUUUGUAACUGAGAGAAGUGAACUCCUCGUGUGUCAGUACCGAGUAGAGCAUCUCCAUGGGGAGGAGGAAGUAGAACUGGCGGCGUUCCAGCUCCUCGUCAGCUAGAAGUCCCGGAAUCCUGUGGCCGACCUUGAGAUGGCCCGCGUCGCAGAUGAACUGGCUGGGAUUCUCCAGCAUGAGCUCGGCAGCCUUCACCGGCCUCGUGUAGAUUUCCAGCCUUCCAUCACUGAGCAAGACCUUCACUACCCCACUGGAGAUCAUUGAAGGAGCACAUGAAGCUGCAUUACCCAUUAGAGAGAAAGAAAAGAAGAAGAAGAAGAUGAUGAUGAUGAUGAUGAUGAUGAUGGUGAUGAUUCAAGUUGUCUGCGGUGUGAAAGGAAGAAGAUGAAGCCCCGAAAUAUAUUCAUGGAGGGAUGGUAGUUGAGGGAGAGUAAGGUAUAAAUUAAGCCAGUGUUGUUGUAUUCUGUGAUUUUGGUUUUGGCAGGAGAUGGUUCCUUCCCAAUUGUUUAAUGAGGAGAGCACAUGGAGAGGGAUGGAGGGCAGUCACUUGAGGACAUACCAAACUAAUCAUAGGACAUGGGAAGAAGCAAUUUCUUCAGUAUUAUUCUAUGCAGCUGCUCACCUAAUUCCUGCUGCUGGAAGAUCAUCCAUCUAUCUCUGUAUUUGCUUUCAUGUCUUUGCAAGUUAUGGAGGUCACUACUUGCUGGCUGUUGUGAAAGCUUGCAACCAUGCUACCCUCCAUGCAAUAGGACAAGCAUCUAAUGCAUAAAACUAGCUAUUAGCUUUUUUUCUUUUUGGCGCAUGUUAAAAAAGAUAAUCUUAGGCGUGAGAGAUAUCAAGGGUCAUAUAUCUACA